UUGACCGUAAAGCUGGACCACACUCGCUACCAUAUUGAUACGCGAAUCGGCCAUCCCCGGCUGGUCCAAGUACUGUCUGAGCUCUACACUCCGCUACUCGGCUGUUCCGUUGACCAUUUGGCUGGGAUUUCACCAGAGCUUGCUGCUAACACCUUUGCAUCGCUAAAUCGCUCCAUUGAACCAAUGAGUGAGAUACUCGUCUCUCUCGGUGCUUAUGGUAGCCUUUCUGCAGUUAUGCAUGCUUUUCUCGAUCAAGACGACGAGGUGCUUAUCAUCGAGCCAGCUUUCGAUUGUUAUGUACCACAGGCUAAAAUGGCCGGCGCCAAACCAGAAAGUAAGGGCACUGAUUGCCCAUCUAGCGGUGACUGGAAGUUGGAUUUUGAAGAGAUGGAGGCGAAAAUCACGCCCAAAUGCAAGAUGAUUGUGCUCAAUUCACCAAACAAUCCCCUAGGGAAGGUGUUCACUAUGGAGGAGCUGAAAAAUUUAGCAAAUAUCUGCAUUCGGCACAACCUUCUUUGUGUUUCGGAUGAAGUCUAUGAGUGGCUGGUUUAUCCGCCAAACAAGCAUAUAAAAAUAGCUUCCCUGCCCGGAAUGUGGGCUCGUACUCUUACGAUUGGAAGUGCUGGCAAAACUUUUAGCGUCACUGGCUGGAAACUGGGAUGGACUGUUGGGCCAAAGAAUCUCAUCGAAGCAAUGCAGCUACACCAACAGAAUACUAUAUACACCUGUCCUACACCACUCCAGGUAGCCCAUCUUUUGUUCUUAAAUAUUUUUAUAAAAUAUGAGAGCUUUGCCUUUUUCGUUAAACAGACAUUUGGACUACUAAAAAUGAAUCAUGAAAAGACUUUUUUCUGUUGCUCUUCUGUUUAG